AUCGCAUCACGUCGUACCGUCGUCCUCACCAUGUACGCUUCACGUGUCGUCUUCUUCCUCCUCGCUUCACUCUCUUGGCUGCGCUCCGCCGCCGUCGCCGGCGGGUGCGGAGGCGGCGACCGGCCGGUCAUCUUCAGCUUCGGCGACUCCAACUCCGACACCGGCGGGCUCGUCGCCGGCCUGGGCUUCCCGGUCAAUCCCCCCAACGGCCGGUCGUUCUUCGGCCGAUCCACCGGCAGGCUGAGCGACGGGCGGCUGGUGAUCGACUUCCUCUGCCAAAGUUUGAAUACUAGUUUUCUCAAUCCUUACCUGGACUCUCUGGCGGGGUCCAAGUUCACAAAUGGCGCAAAUUUUGCAGUUGUAGGCUCGUCAACCCUCCCUAAAUAUGUUCCUUUUUCGCUGAACAUUCAGGUCAUGCAGUUUCUCCAUUUCAAGGGACGCAUCACUGAACUUGCAUCUGCAGGUUCAGAAGUUCCAGUGAGCGUUGAUGAAUUUAGCAAAGCACUUUACUUGAUUGACAUUGGGCAGAACGACCUCGCAGAUUCAUUUUCCAAAAAUCUCACCUAUUCAGAGGUGAUAAAAAGGGUUCCAUCUAUCAUUGCAGAAAUUAAGAGUGCUAUUAAGACUCUAUAUGACCAAGGUGCGAGAAACUUUUGGGUACAUAAUACUGGACCAUUGGGUUGUCUUCCUCAAAAGCUUUCGUUAGCUGAGGAGAAGGAUCUGGAUGAAAACGGGUGUCUUUCAAGUUAUAAUUCUGCUGCCAGAAUUUUCAAUGAAGGACUACUCAAAUUAUGCCAAGAGAUGAGAUCUGAGCUGGCUGAUGCUACUAUCAUACACGUUGACAUCUAUGCCAUCAAAUAUGAUCUCAUUGCUAGCGCCUCUAAAUAUGGUUUUUUGAAUCCGCUAAUGACUUGCUGCGGUAAUGGAGGACCUCCAUAUAACUACAAUAUCAGGGUCACCUGUGGUACACCUGGCUGUGAGGCCUGCAGUAAUGGAUCUCAAUACAUCAGUUGGGAUGGCAUUCACCACACAGAAGCUGCUAACUCCAUCAUAGCCUCGAAAAUAUUGUCCACAGCUUAUUCAACACCACGGACUCCGUUAAAUUUUUUUUGCCGAGGAUGGUAUGUUCAGGUGAAGCACAUUUGAGUGCCCACCACACAUCCACGUGCUUUAUUGUAGCAAUUUUUCACCUUAUAGCUAUGAGGAGAUGGUAACCUCGCAUUGCCUGUAACGACAGUUAAUGGAGGAAUUAGGAUGAUCGCAUCGCUGAUCAGUGAUUAGACAGAUUUAGUUCCUUGCCGAAGCUAAACCGGGUGGCGAAGCAUCUGUUAAGUGGCGAACUGGAAAUAAUUGGAGCAUGGGAGAGCGUAUGGAUGGUCAAGAUUCAUGGCCAAAGGAACAUGUCAUUUGAGAGUCCGCUGCUAUUCUCCUGCAGAGGGUUCUUGUGUUGUGCUCGUCUACGGUUCUUGCUGUCUUAGAAAUGGGUGUUGUAAUUUUGUACCGCUUUGAGUCGAAUGUCUCUUCUCCAGUGAAGUAGUGUGAAUGUAAUGUUAUUUACAAUAUGAUGGAAUAAAAAUGUAAUCAGCUUCGUGUCUGUUUAGUGGCACACAUACAUUAAUUUUAGAGGAAGCAGCAUGCCUCGA